AUGAUGACAAUGGGAAAAUGGAUAACGAUGUUGACGGGAGGGGCUAAAAGACGACAACCGGAUUCUGAGGAGGCCGUAUCUCAUGAACACGUGCAACAUGAAUGGGAAGAACAAAAUGAGAUUGAGAAUUCAAGCGAGGAAUACCGUCACCACGCUACAAGAAUAAGCCAACGCCAAAUCCUGAUCGGUGUCGACGAGUUCACAGCGAAGUAUAAUCUCCAUGACAUACGUGAUAUCCUGAGGAAAGGUGCAAUCUUGUCUCAAAGCCCUGAUAGGUUCUGGCUUGUCGAGGGCUUGAACCAGGCUGAUAUUAUGGCUCUGAGCGUCGAAGCGCUGGAAAAACGACGUUGGUUCUAUGGCCGUCAGGAUAUUUUCGACACUAUGACUCUUUUAUCAUACUACCUAGGUGGAGUUGCCAUUGCACAAGCUGGAUUGAUGGUUGGUUCUAGUAUGGUUGAUGACGACGAUUCCAUUUCACCAGCAGAACGGCUAGCAAAGAUAAGCAAAUAUGCUCCGUUUAUUAUAAUUGGGUAUUGGCUGUCGGAACUAUUAAACAGGUGUUCCGGGCGCCGAGGUACUAUCGUGAUAGCUGGGAUCUUCAAUAUCGUAGGUCCGAUAGCAGGUUCCGGUGGUAGUUGGCAAUGGUCAUUGGCCAGUCGAAUAUUCAUUGGGACUGGCAUGGGGAUAUUGUUCUGCUCCCUGUCCAUCUACGGAGCUGAGAUUAGCACUGCUCGUUCUCGCGGUCGUGCGAUAUUAUGGUUGCAGUUGAUCUCGCAGCUGACCCUCAUACUCAUGCUCGGGCUAAUGUUUGUGGUUGGGUUCUUAUUUGGAACACCGGAUCCCACAUCAAAUAUGAUUGUUUUGAAUAAAGCAUACUCUGCUAUCAGUGUCAUGACUUUCUGUCUAUUACUGGUUUGUAUAUGGAAAUCAGUUGAGUCACCCCACUGGUUGGUACUCAGAGGUGAGAUGCACCAAGCAUACAUGUCUCUCUGUCGGCUCCGAAAAACAGAGCUACAAGCUGGGCGUGAUCUAUACAUGAUCUACGUCCAAACUAUACCCGAGCAACGAUGCUAUGGGAAAUCAAGCUUUACUACCAGGUUUCAUCAACUAGUCACGCUACCAAGGGUAAGACGUGCGUUGCUGCCAUGUAUUAUCAUUAGCUUCUACAUGUCGAUCGCCGCCCUACAGAUGACACCCAACCAGGAACUUCAGCGCCUUCUUCAUUCAAGCUUAUUCCCACCUAUUCUGAUGCUUCUCGGCGCCAUCAGUGUUUUGAUCGUCCAAACCGGUCUCAAGCUAUUCGCUGCAUAUGCAAUCGAGGCGUAUGGACGACGUGGGCUGCUUAUGAGGGCAAUGCCGCAUAUCCUUUGGCCAUUGAUGCUACUGGAAGUCAGCGGUGCAUUCUUGAGUCCCCAAGGUUAUUAUAUCAUUAAAAUAUUAUUCAAGGGAUCAGCAGCCACUCUUGUUAUGUCCUUUGCUGCUCAUGUACCGCUCAUAUAUGCUUCUGAGGUUUUUCCUGCGAGCCACCGCGAGAUUGGUUUGGCCAUGACCAUGUCGGUUACAGGGGUGAUCGAAUAUCUUGAGAUUCUGAGUUCGUCAUGGAGAUCCGUUUUCCUCCAUCCUUCUAUAAUGGGGCCGCUCUUAAUUUUGAUGUCGAUUUUGACAUACUUGUUCAUGAGAGAAACCAGCCAAUAUCCGCUGGAAGAGAUGCACAUGGUUUUCGAAGCUUCAACAAAAAACUUGGCAUUGUACCGUCUCUUUGUGGAGCUCCCGUACAAAUUCAAGCGCUAUAUUCUUCGAAAGGACGUGGCCCUUGAACCUUUCGAGGAAUCCAAGUACAACGUUGGGAUGAUCACAUUGGGUGAUACUGGUACCUCGCCUCCGCCGUGA